GCUUUUUGGAUGGGCACGGUCGUCAAGGUGUAAAAAUGUCUGACCAACCCAAACAUGGUCCUCCACACGGGAUGGAAAAACAUGAUUUAGGAGGCAAUAAUGACCUCGGCGCUCUUAGUCAGGCUCAACAAGCGGAUCUAAACCAAUUUAAAGUAUGGAAUUAUUGUGUGUUUAGUGAAUUGGGGAACCUCUAAUGUACUAUUUAAUUUAAGGAGUAAAAAUUACUAAAAAUGUAUGUGAAAGUAUUAAGUAUUGAUUGAGGACUCCCCCCCACUUUUUUUUUUCCUCGGCUCUGCUCUGGAAAUGUUCAAUACGCUUAAAAGGUCGAGAUUUCUCUCUUAGGACCUUGGCCAUGGAACAUGGCCCAGUAGUCCCUGGGGACUCCGGCCAUGUAACAUGGUCUCGAGUAUGGGUGUUUGGGCAGUUUGCUUCCACUCAUACUCAUUGGGGAGGUGGUUUUGCUUGGCUACCCCCCCCCCCCUCUUGCCCAUUGAGUCAUUCUGUCUGGACGUUGGUUUGGAAUGGCUUUGCUUCCUCUCGGGGAUGGUGUUGCAUUACCUCACCCCACCGUCCAGGGAACCGUACGGCUCUGCUCUCAUCUUGUCUAUUUCUAAUAAUUCUAAGUAUUAAUACUUAUUAACUGUAAAAACUUUCUAGGAAGUCUAGCUAUAUCUACUUAAAAAACAUUUUGGGAGCUUCAAAUUUCAAAAGUGAAGUCGAGUUAAAAUAAAAAAGGCACUACUCAAAACAGCAGACCAAAAUUAAAAUUAGAAUAAGAAAGUGUCCGGCUACCAGCCUAAUGUGCAAACCCCCCCCCCUCCUAUAAUUGGUGAAAUAAUUUUUUUACUUCAAUUUUUUUUUCAGACUAAUUAUUGCUUGUAAUAAUAUUUAAAAUAAUAUAUAAUAAACAAUAUCAUAGCAGGCAGGUCACAAGCACCUGUUCAUAUUGCCAGGAAACAUUCUGCAAACUUAUGACGCAGAGCCGAAGGCACUGUAAGUGUAUGACAGCAUGCUUUGGUUAGUGUGGCAGUGUUGUUUGCUGAGCACCAUCUAAUAUGAAACAGUAAUUCAACAGAGAUAACUUUUGUUUCUCUCUUGCAUUUUUUUUUUCUUUUCAGGAGAUGAUGGUGAUGAAAAGGCUGUUAGCCAGACACUUUCUAAUGAAAAAUAUUAUAUUUAACAUUUGGGACCACCGUUCUGAUGAGUGCCGUUUAAAUUAGUACUUUGACAUAAAUUUUUUAUUUUGUCUGAUGACUGCCAUAAAAGAUACAUAAUUUUAAAGGGAUAGUUAUAAUAAGCUUUAUAAAAACAUCAAUUUCAUAUUUUUAUCUUUUACAGAGGUGAAGUAGUCAUAGUUAUGUUGUUGUUUUUUUAAUUUUUAAAGCCCCUGUCCUUAUUUAUCUUUGUAUUUAACUAUGAAAACGUGUGACCGACUUCCAAAAUUUCUACCUUAUUUGCCCACAACUUUUUAUUUUAAAAGUUAAUGUUAACAAGUUUUUAGAAGACAUUCUCAAUGCAGAAUACAACACAAUGAACAACUAAACUUUUAGAUAACAUUAAGACUUUUUAUUUUUGAUAAUUUUAUUUGAGGGUAAUUAAAAAAAAUCCUGAAAUGAUAAAUUGGAAAAUUAUUAAUUGAUAGUACUUAUAGAGACAAAAACAAAAACGAACACAUUGUAUUUUCAUUAAAUUUAAAUGUGCUUCAAUUAAAUUUUAAAUCAAUGCUUAUAUUUAUAAAAGAUUGGCAGAAGUAUUUUAAAAAAAUAUAAUUGAAUGCAUGAAAUUAUUUUAAAAAUUAUCUCAGUAAUAUGUCAUAGAGUGACACAAUUUCCACAAAAAUAUAUAAAUUUAAGUUAAUGUAUCAGCAUGCUUAGCCUACUGCAUUGGAAUAAUAAUUAAUUGAAGUAUUAAUAGUAAUAGCAAUGGUUUUUAUUGUGUUAUUAUUCACUAGGCUAAGAACAAGAAAAUGUAGUUAACAUCAAAAUUUUAACUGAAAAUAAAAUUUUUGAAGAAUUAUCUCAAUUAUAGCAAUUAAUUAAAAUUGUUGAGAUGGGCAUAAUAUUGAAGCAAUAAUUAUUUUUUUUAUUGUUAAAACAUAUUUAAUAGAAUAAAUAUUUCUCAUUUCACAAAAUGAACUGAUUUUGUAGACAGUAACUGAUGUUAGACUUGAUUUUUUAGAUGAAAACAAGAAUUGGCAAUGAGAAAUACCUACGUGAACAUCCAGAGGUUGAGUGCCUGAUUGCCGGAUUUUUGGGGUAAGCACUAGACAAGUUUGCAUUUGAUAAUUUGUUUCCAGAAUUGUCAUUUUCAUUAGAUGGUAUGCAUAGUAGAUGUAAGAUCUAGAAAAUCAAAUGUGGAUUUAUAUCUCACAGUUGACUUAGUAAAGCUCACAGUACAAAUAAACAUUUUAUUUUAAAAAUAUCACAGCUCAAUAAUAUAAGCAAAUUUAUUGUGAAUUGGAUUCUUGGGUGCAUCCUUUCCUUUUCCUUGACAACACAUCUGGUACGGAAUGCAAAUUUUAUUUAAUGACCUUAUGUUUGUUUAGAUUUUAGAAGAUUAGAAUUCAUAUUAUUUUAGUUGUUAUGUCUCAAACAUUAGCUCACUAUUUAUGGCUUGUGUAUUUUAAAUAUUUUCCCUUUAACUACAUGUUCUGACAGAAAUUAAUAAGUUUUAAAAUAUUCUUUAAACAAUAUUUGCUAACAGUAUUUUGUUUAGUAUCUUAAUAUUAAUUUAAUUUAAUAUCAUAUUUUACAAGUGAUGUUCUAACAAAACGGCCAGAAAGUAUAAGAGAAUUUGCUGCAGGUAAGCAAGCUUUAAAUCAAAAGGUCUUUUUUAAUUAUUCUUUUAUUCAUCAUGUUAAAUUUUUGUAAAUGAAAUGGACCACUACCUUAACAGAUGUGUAACAGCAUAAUCUGACCGCCUGACAUGCAUAGCUUUAAAAAAUUAAACACCUAAACACGCUGCUAGUAAAAUGAAGGUUUUUCAGGAUGCAAGAUUCAAUGAGCCUACUGAAUGCUUUUUUAAAAAUAAAGUAAUUUAAAAAAAUGCUUUUUUGUGUUCUUUAUUGUAACAUAAUUAUUACAAAUACAUUUUUAAAAAGUAAUAAAUGUCUUUAAUCUGAACUGAUGGCAUAUUUAAAAUUGUGCUUACUAAGUAUUUGCUUGAAAUUAACCAGUUUAGAAUUUGAAUGCAAACAAUUACUGUUAUUCAAAUUUAUCAGUAAAGAACACGAGAAUAUGCCAUGUAUUUUAUUUUCCACUUCUCAUUUCAGAAUAUUUUACAAACCCAACCCUCCCAGAAAAAGUAGAGAAGCAGCUCACUGAACGCCAAGAGAAACUGAAGCAAAACAGGGUUAUUCAGAGUCUUACAUAGGAGACAUUUCUUCAGUUAAAAAUACGUAAUCAUCCCUUGUCAUAUCCACAAAUUUUACAUGGAAUCCAGACAAAUGUAGUGAAACGAUCUUGUUAACAAAUAUAUCUGAAUAUUUUGUUUAUUGCAAGAACAUUAUUUGCUACCCAAUUCAAGUCUCUAUAUCAAUUGAUGAAAGCAAAAGGCAAGAACAAAAAAUGUAUUUGGAAAGAAGUAGAAUAUAUUCAUAUCAUUCUCAAGGACAACAAAUAAUAUGGGCAAACUGACAAAAAGCCAGCAAAUGUAUCAGACAAAAAUAUUUUUGACAAAUUCUAAGCCUUUGCCCUCUCCACUAAAAUUUCCUUGAAUCCUAUAUCCACUGUGCAAGAUCAUGGCUAUAGUUUGUUUUUAAUUUUUGUGAAUAGAGGGAGAUCUUUAUAACAAGGACAACACAACAUAUUUAAAUCAUUUGAGCAUUUUUGGCCAAUGUUGGCAGUUUUUUAGGUAGUUUAAUUUCUCGCCCGAAGUCAUUUCGUUUGUGCAGUGUAAGAUACAAAUUUAUUUAUUACAAGAAUCUCAUUUCCGUAAGCGCUCUUAGCAAGCCAAAAGAUUUAAAAUCUUUUAAGAUUCAAAAGAUUUUAUAAAUUAUUAAAAUUAAGUGAGGACCGUUAUGUGGGUUGUUCAUAAUUUUUAUCAGAAGUAUUUUGAAAUGUACAUAAUUGAAACUGUUGUGUGUUAGGUGAUUCUUUUAAUGACCAUCAACUCCUGAAUUGCUUGGUUUAAUUCUCAUUUUUGUUUGUUUAAAUACCAAUGGCAAAUUUUAUUCUCAGACAUUUUAUUUUGUAAAAAUCAUAUAAACUUCAUUGUCAUUUACUGAAGUCAUGUGACAUUUGUAUUUUCAUCCUUAUAUCCUAAAUGUCAAACUGUGCAAUGUUGAAACCCCUUUAAGAGGUUGUGUUUUUUUUAGCUGAUUGUCUAGGAGACAUGUUACCGUCCUGCUACCUGUGAAGCCUACUGUUAUAGAAACUUCUUAUGUACACAUUAUUUUUUGUUUUUUUUUAGAUCUCAUUAAAUAUUGAAAAAGAAAUUCUUUUUGUUAUCGGUUUGAUCAAGUUAAUUUAUUUAAACAUAGUGAACAAAUCAUCCGGCUGAAUGAGAUGAACAUGGUAAUGGAAAUAGAGUCUGUUUUACAUACAGCUAUUUCAAAAUGAAACAUUGAGGAUGAAAAGAUGCCAUAAAGUCAAAGAAAAGUUUAAUCCAUUUUUCCUCAUUAACAUUUAUGGCAUUCAUAAAAUACAUCAAAUGAAUAUACAUAAUGAAUAUAAAUGUUGUUGUUAUUUUUUAAACAACACGUUGAGGCACUAAAUGUUUACUUUUUAAAGUGCAAAUUUUUACCCAUUUUAUGUGUGAUAUUAAAUUAUAUACAUUCAUGAAAUCUUAUCAUGAUCACUUCAGUAUUCAACUAU